AUGGGCGGUUGGCUGAGCAAUUUUUGGUGGGGCGGGAAUCCUGAUGAAGUGAAUCCUAUUUCGGGACUGACUCGAAGAGAGGUCUACGCCGUUCAGCGCUCCUGGGCACCCGUUUACAACGAUUCCGUGGCUAAUGGCACUGAACUGCUCAAAAGAUUCUUCAAAACGUACCCGCACGCCAAAGAAUUCUUCAAAAUGAUAAGAAAAUUGCCCGAAGAAGAGUAUGCCCAAAAUUUCCAGUUUAAGGCACACGUCAUCAACCUGAUGGCUGCACUCAACCAAGCCGUCACUAACCUUAACCAGCCGGAGGUUGUCGCUGUUAUGAUGAACAAGCUCGGGGAGUCACAUCGUAAGAGGAAAAUCCGGGAACAAAAUUUCUUUGAAUUAAAGGAUGUACUCGUCAAAAUGUUCGCUGAAGUACUAAAAUUGGACCAAUCAACACUCGGCGCGUGGGGAAAGACUGUUGGCUUUUGGUACAAACACAUCUUCGAAACACUAAACAGUGAAGAACAGAGCAGAUAA